GAGGCGCUCUACAUUCAGUGGCCCCCACCGACGGCGCCGGAUCGCGUCGUACCCUCUGUCAUCUUCUUUAGCGAUCGGGACCGCCUCGCCCACCGCCACCAUCGCCAUGCCCGGGUAUUCCAGCGACAGGGAUAGAGGGUUUGGAGCCCCUCGUUUUGGAGGAAGUAGAGCCGGUCCACUUUCUGGGAAAAAAUUUGGAAACCCUGGGGAAAAGCUUACCAAAAAGAAAUGGAAUUUGGAUGAACUGCCCAAAUUUGAAAAGAACUUCUAUCAAGAACAUCCUGAUGUAGUUAGACGUACUGCGCAAGAGGUUGAGCAGUACAGGUCAAGCAAAGAAGUCACAGUUAGGGGCCAUAACUGUCCAAAACCAAUAAUAAACUUCUAUGAAGCUAACUUUCCUGCAAAUGUUAUGGAAGUGAUUCAGAGGCAGAACUUCACUGAGCCUACUGCAAUUCAAGCACAAGGAUGGCCAGUUGCCUUGAGUGGAUUGGAUAUGGUUGGAGUUGCACAGACUGGAUCAGGGAAAACACUGUCUUACUUGUUGCCUGCUAUUGUGCAUAUAAAUCAUCAGCCAUUCCUGGAGAGAGGAGAUGGACCUAUUUGUCUUGUGCUGGCACCAACUCGUGAACUGGCUCAGCAAGUGCAGCAGGUAGCUGCUGAAUAUAGCAGAGCGUGUCGCUUGAAGUCUACAUGUAUUUAUGGAGGUGCUCCAAAGGGACCACAAAUUCGUGAUUUAGAAAGAGGUGUGGAAAUUUGCAUUGCAACACCUGGAAGACUUAUAGACUUCUUAGAAGCUGGAAAGACCAAUCUCAGGAGGUGCACUUACCUUGUCCUUGAUGAAGCUGACAGGAUGCUUGACAUGGGAUUUGAACCUCAAAUCAGAAAGAUUGUGGAUCAGAUAAGACCUGACAGGCAAACUCUGAUGUGGAGUGCCACGUGGCCAAAGGAAGUUAGGCAGCUGGCUGAAGACUUCUUAAAAGAAUAUGUACACAUCAACAUUGGUGCAUUAGAACUGAGUGCAAAUCACAACAUCCUUCAGAUUGUUGAUGUGUGUCAUGAUGUAGAGAAGGAUGACAAGCUUAUUCGUUUGAUGGAAGAAAUCAUGAGUGAGAAGGAAAACAAGACAAUUGUUUUUGUAGAAACCAAAAGACGGUGUGAUGACCUUACCAGGAAAAUGAGGAGAGAUGGGUGGCCAGCAAUGGGUAUUCAUGGUGAUAAAAGCCAGCAGGAGCGCGACUGGGUUCUAAAUGAAUUCAAACAUGGAAAAGCACCAAUCCUGAUUGCUACAGAUGUUGCAUCCAGAGGUCUAGAUGUGGAAGAUGUGAAAUUUGUCAUCAAUUAUGACUACCCUAACUCCUCAGAGGACUAUAUCCACCGAAUUGGACGAACUGCCCGCAGUACCAAAACAGGCACAGCAUAUACAUUCUUUACUCCUAACAAUAUUAAGCAAGUAAAUGACCUCAUCUCUGUGCUUCGGGAGGCUAAUCAAGCCAUCAACCCUAAAUUGCUUCAGUUGAUUGAAGACAGAGGUUCAGGUCGUUCCCGAGGUGACCGACGUGACAGAUACUCUGCGGGCAAAAGGGGUGGAUUUAGUAGCUUUAGAGAGAGGGAGAACUUUGAGAGAACUUAUGGUGCACUAGGGAAGAGAGACUUUGGAGCCAAAGCUCAAAAUGGGGCCUACAGUACCCAGAGUUUCAGUAAUGGAACUCCUUUUGGAAAUGGCUUUGCAGCUGCAGGCAUGCAAGCUGGCUUCAGGGCUGGUAACCCUGCAGGAGCUUACCAGAAUGGCUAUGAUCAGCAGUAUGGAAGUAACAUUGCAAAUAUGCACAAUGGCAUGAACCAACAGCAGUAUGCAUAUCCUGCCACUGGUGCUGCUCCUAUGAUAGGUUACCCAAUGCCAGCGAGUUAUUCUCAAUAACUUAGUGUAUUUAAAUGUCUCAGUUUUUCAUAAUUGCUCUUUAUAUUGUGUGUUAUCUCAGAACAGGAUAGUUAUUUAAAGAAAUGGGAAACGCAGAAAUGACUGCAGUGCAGCAGUAAUUAUGGUGCACUUUUUCGCUAUUUAAGUUGAAUAUUUCUCUACAUUCCUGAAACAAUUUUUAGUUUUUUGUACUAGAAAAUGCAGACAGUGUUUUCAAAGUAAAUGUACAGUGAUUUGAAAUACAGUAACAGAAGGCAGUGCAUGGCCUUCCAAUAAAGAUAUUUGAAGACCGAAUUUUCUUUCAGAUGGCAAUUUUCUCAACAUGUGCACAACUUUACACUAAUGGAAUGUCAAAUGUUUUUAUAUUCUAGAAAGGUUUCUCAACUGUGUCUGAUUAAACAUUUAAGCUUAUAUUAAAAAAAAAAAAAACAGCCUUGCCUUGAUUGGGCUAGAUUGCUUAGCAUGGCAGGCUCUAUUUGGUGGGGAAGAGAACAAAAGCUGGUGUCUAAAUAGCAGUUGGAAAUGGUCUUCUUCCUUGUCUGGUUAGCAUAGGGCCAGUUUGUUUUUUUUUUUUAUUUUGGUAAAGAUUCAUUGGAGUAAUGGUAUAGCUGAAAAUCUUGCUAACCAAAGCUCUGCUGAAGUGGUGUUGCUAAUGAGCUUCUGCUACAAGUGUAGGAAGCUUUUUUGCAGCACCAUAACUGUUGCAUAUGUGCAGACUAGGCUUGAGUGUAAUGUGUCUACAGCUGUCAGGCCUUGUGAGUUAGCAUGCAGGCUUACUAUGAGCUUCAGAGAAAUGGGAAGAUCUUUAGUAUUAAACCUUCAAAUUAUACUUAAA